AAUUCCCCAGUUCAGUUUUCCGGUCGGGCCGGUCCUGCAAAAUAAUAACCCAGUGAUUAAGAAAACAGCAAAAACGAUACAAACAUAGUAGCAACUAGCAAUCGCGUUCUUCCUCGAUCCACCCUCUACAAAAAGCCAAAGCCUCCGCCGAGAAAGCGCUGAUUAAAGACAGAGGAGAAAGAAUUCACAUUCAUUUUGCGUCCAUAUACAUUUGUCUGGAGAGAAAAAGCGGGGAACAACGACGAGAUCCACGGCUUCUUGGCGACAUUUAUCAGAAUUGUUUUUGAAAAGAUCGAGUGAAAUCAGGGGAACCCUUCGGUAAAUUUGUGAAAUUUGUCGUUGUGGGGCAGAAUGGUUGGAAGAUUGGCGGUGCAUUUGGUUUGUAGGCUGAGGCUGUAAGUAAAAGAGAGUAUUUUUUUGUCUGAGAUGGCUGAUGCUGCGGCUCUCAUUGAGGCUUCGGGCUCCAGAUUUAGUGAUUUGGAGCUCAUUGGUAGGGGGUCGUUCGGGGAUGUCUAUAAAGGGUUUGAUAAGGAUCUUAACAAGGAGGUUGCUAUUAAAGUUAUUGAUCUCGAAGAAUCGGAGGAUGAAAUUGAGGACAUUCAAAAGGAAAUUGCAGUUUUGUCACAAUGUCGAUCUCCAUAUAUUACAGAAUACUAUGGAUCCUAUCUGCACCAAACUAAGCUUUGGAUAAUAAUGGAAUACAUGGCUGGUGGUUCUGUUGCUGACCUGAUUCAACCAAAUCAGCCUUUGGAUGAGAUGUCCAUAGCUUGCAUUUUACGUGACUUGCUUCAUGCAGUUGAAUACCUCCACAACGAAGGGAAAAUUCAUCGUGAUAUUAAAGCUGCCAAUAUUUUGUUGACAGAAAAUGGUGACGUUAAGGUUGCUGACUUCGGUGUUUCUGCACAAUUAACAAGAACAAUUUCAAGGAGAAAGACAUUUGUAGGAACUCCAUUUUGGAUGGCUCCAGAAGUAAUCCAGAAUUCAGAAGGAUAUAAUGAGAAGGCAGAUAUUUGGUCUCUAGGGAUAACUGUAAUUGAAAUGGCAAAGGGGGAACCUCCACUUGCAGAUCUCCACCCAAUGAGAGUUCUUUUCAUUAUUCCUCGGGAAAAUCCUCCUCAACUGGAUGAUCACUUUUCUCGUCUUAUGAAAGAAUUCGUAUCAUUGUGUUUGAAGAAGAAUCCUGCUGAAAGGCCAAGUGCAAAGGAACUUUUGAAGCAUCGUUUUAUCAGGAAUGCUAGGAAGAGUCCAAGGCUUUUGGAGAGAAUCAGAGAGCGCCACAAGUUCCAAGCCAAGGAAGAUGUUGAAACCCCCAGAAAUGGUAUAAAACCUUUUGGCGAGGCAUCUGGUACCAUGAAGGUGACAAGAGAUGCUGGCGUAGAAGAUACUGUACGAAUCAGCGGCCAAGGAAAAACUUUGAGAAAUGCUGGAUGGGACUUCAGCCUUGGUGCGACCUCUGGCACUGGGACAGUGCGAAGUGCUGUGAGGCCACCUCAGGUUAGGGAUAGAAAACCAGAGGCUUUUUUAAGUCAAGCUUCUUCAAGAAAAAUUCUAGAUAGUGGUAACCAGUGGUCUUCUGCUUCUGGAAAAGAUGCUAGAGAUGCUUACCAGGAUGACAAGCAGGAUUACUAUCAUGAAGAUGAAGAAUUGUCAGUGGGUGGGACAGGAACGGUUGUUGUUCGGUCUCCAAGACGAGUUUCACCUUCCUCUUUGUUUAGUGACCAAAGCUCCUUGUCUAGCAGCACGUACAAUUCAGUAGAGGAUUCAUCUACCAGCGGCACUGUGGUUUAUCGUGGACAGCAUGAUGAUUCAGACUCUCCGCGUAAAUCCAGACUUGGGAUCCAAGAGAGAACUUCAAGUGCAUCAGUUGAGGACAGUUCAAUAAACCUUGCCGAGGCCAAAGCUGCUAUUCAAGCGGGGUUAAAGAAGGGAAAUAUGAGAGAAAGGUCCAUGUUAGGCAAGGCCAACAGAGAUGAACAAGAAAGUAAAAGAAGAGAACAAUCUAGUUCUGAUUUAUCUAGACAUACCGAAGAAUACCUUGAUGCACAGAAAGCACUUCCCAAGUCACGCCAAACAAGUGACGAAGAAGAUGCUGCACGUAGUUCUGCUGCAUCUUCUUCUGCCCCAUUGUCAAUUCUACUCAUUCCUUCAUUAAAAGAGGUGAUUACUGAUGAUUCGGAAAGGUUGAUGAUGCGGACAUUGGCCAACUCUUUUAUGGAUAUUGAACGCUCCAAGCCUGGGUCUUGCGAACUUCUUGUGACAAGAUUACUACAGCGACUGGCAAGUUCAAAAGAUUCUUCACUGAAAGACCUGCAAGACCUUGCAGCUCGAAUAUUUAGCAAGGGAAAGGCAGAAGCAGAGAGUACGAAGGCAGAAGCUGACAGCAAGAAAAAGCCUCAAAGCAAGGACAUGCAUUCAAACAGUAAUUUGAGCCCCCUUGCACGGUUCUUACUCUCAAGGUUGGUCAGUGAAAGUUUUUGGCCUAUAAGAAUUUAUCAUCGCGAUUGAAUAGAAGACUAGGUGUGUGUUUUUUAUGAUUCAAACAAUGCGGCACAUGUUUUUGGAUUUCCAUGGCUACUGUAAAAUGGGAUUAUCCACAAAAUAUUUUUGAUUUGAGUGACAACAAUGAUUACAAUCAUUGAGCAAUGAGCUUAAACAAUAUGGAAAUGCAAGUGCGGUUUGUGAGCUGCAAUUUUUGUAAAACCGUCCUUUUGCAUGAUGGUGAGGAUUUGCACCACAGCAAUAUAAAAGAUUGCAAUGGUUUUUACUGUC